GCCUCGCCGACCGGUGAUUGGGUGCUGGAGGUGUUGCUUCUCGGGCAGUCGUACUGCUCGGGCAAUGGGGUGGUUACUCCCACUCGUCAUUUUCCUGGCCUUGUUCACCCACCGGUUCUUUGAUUUGUGCAAUAAAUUGGGUGUUUUCAAAGAAGUGGUUCCCAUUGAACCUGGUGAUUGCCAUCUAAUCAAAGGGAUUGAGUAUGGGUCUGAAGAUAUUAACAUUCUUCCCGGAGGGUUGGCUCUUAUCAGCUCUGGCCUGAAAUAUCCAUUGCUGCCUAACCUUGCCCCCCCUGAUCAUCCUGGGCAGAUUUUCCUGGUGGAUCUAAAUAACCCAACCCUGAGGGCUGUUGAAUUGAGAAUCAGUCGUGGGUUUGAAGUAGAAUCCUUUAAUCCACAUGGGUUGAGCACCUACAUAGAAAAAGAUGGUACUGUUCUUGUUUUUGUUGUGAAUCAUCCACAACAUACCAGCACUGUGGAACUUUUUAAGUUUGAAGAAGAACAACGUAGUCUGACCCAUUUAAAGACCAUCCGACACGAACUUUUAAACAGUGUGAAUGAUAUCAUAGCAGUGAGUUCUCAGAGCUUCUAUGCCACCAAUGACCAUUAUUACUCUUCUACUUACCUGAGGAUCUUGGAGGAUUGCUUUGGCUUUCAAUGGGGCAAUGUUGUUUACUACAGUCCUACUGAGGUAAAACAAGUUGCAACAGGAUAUGGUUUUCCCAAUGGGAUUGAUAUUUCUACUGAUGGAAAGCACAUCUUCCUUGCAGAAACCUCAUUUUAUACAAUACAUGUUAUGGAAAUUAAUCCAAACCAUAGUCUGACUCCAAAAAAGAGUUUGGAUGUGGGAGUACUUCCAGACAAUGUGAAGGUGGAUCCUAAAACUGGACAUCUCUGGAUUGGUAGCUGUUUUAAUUUAUGGAAAGCACUACUAUAUAAUCCUGAAAAUCCCCCGGGAUCUGAGGUAAUCAGAGUUGAAAGCAUUCUUUCUAAGGACCCCAAAGUGACCCACGUGUACAUGAACAAUGGCUCUGUACUUCAGUCCACUUCAGUUGCUAUGGUUUACGAAGAUAAACUGCUUAUCGGAACAAUUUUCCACAAAGCUCUGUACUGUGAGCUUGGUAGUUCAUAACUUUGGUAAAAGCAUCAUUUUUCAAUUGACAGUAAACUACAAUUCUGUAGUCAUUACAGAGCUAUUUGGGGGUCUUAAUUUUGGUAACAGAAGUGAUUUAGAUAGUAACAUAAAUGUUUAUUGGUAUUUUGAGAAUUCUACCCAUUAAAGAAUUUGCUUGUGUUACUAGUUAAUUUACAAUUACCUAAAAGAUAAUGAUUUUAAAAUGUAUGAACAGAUUUUAUAAAGAAGCAAUUAAUUAUCUCAUUGUAAUUUUAAUAUGUCCACUGAUUUAUGUUCUGUAAUGCUUUCAUGUUCCACUUAGACAGUGGGAUGAUAUGGUUUGUAGAUCAUAAAGAGCUCCCAUAUGGUCUAUUUAUUGGAAUUUUCUAAUGGAGAAUCAAUUCUUUCCCCUAAAGGUUUGUGUGAAAUAAAGAUUCAAGGUCUAGUUGAAUAUGGAUGUAAAUGAAACCUCUUCCCUUGAUUAUUUUGAUAAAUGUGAUAAAGAUUUGUUAAUUUGAGUGGUAUACUUUAUCUUUAAUAAACCAAAAACUAGUGAUCUGUA